UUUUUUUUUUAAACUUAGAUUUAAUAAGCAAAUAAAAAUCCCUCCAAAAUUCAACUUAAGAGCGCGGCAAGCCAAUGCCCAUUUCACCCCCUCGCUUCAAAAAGCCCUCUCCAUUCCCCUCUUUCUCGAAAAAAUGGCAGAUAUCGAGCCUCCCACGUUCUCUCUCGGGUUAGAUUUAGAUAUCGAAUCGGAGCCCCGAAUACCCACCCACCACUUCCAAACCUCCACGCUCAAUCCAGCUCCAAAUUCAAGCUCAAAUACACCAUCAGACGACCAAAAUGGGGGACCCCAGGUCACGGAUUCCGAAGAAGAGGAGGAAGAAAUCGGGCCCGAUGUCAUGGAUUCGGAUCCUGAACCCGGACCUGGCCCGACCCGGGUCUUAAGGCGGUUAAGACGAGGACCCGCGACCCAGAAAUCAAAGGUGAGGAAGGUGGAAUUGGAGGGUUUUUGUUGUGAUCACGGAGAUGAUGAUAUUGAAGAGUUCUCCUCACAAGAAGAUCUUGGUGUUAGAGAUGCCAAAGUAUCAACUCAGUUCACUUCUGUUUGUAGUAGUUCGAAGGUUCCACUGAAAGGAUGUGGGGUUUUAACCAGUCAAUCACCAAGCUUACUGAAGGGAAAUAAAAAGGAACAGGCGUCGAUUGCCUCCGUGUCUUCCAGUUUGGAGACAGGUCACAGUGGGUUGAUGUUUCCAAAGUUAACAAUAAGUCCUCUUCGAAGGUUUCAGUUGAUUGAUUCUGAUUCUGAUGAGGCUUCUAUCAGUGCAGAUGCUAGUGGAAAAACUCAGAAAACUGAUUCAUCCUCAAAGAAGCAACAGCCAACUACAAGUGAACGUAAAAAUAAAACGUUGUUGGGUGAACAUCGAAAUGAGGAUUUAUGGAAAGAUUUCUGUCCAAUAAAGAGUUAUCCGGUUCAGACACCUGUUCUGGAUGAGAUGUGUAAUGAGUAUUUCCAAUCUCUUCAAGAUAAUAAGAAUAAAGCUCAUAAACUGCAGAGCAAUUUGCAAACAGGUGACAGCACACGCUUUCAUCAAGAUCCAAAUAGCAUGGUGGACUUUCAGCAAUGCUGGAAUUUAGCUGACCCUCUUCCUCCAGCUCAUCAUUACUUCUUCCAUGAAGAUCUGAGGAUUCAGAGAUUGGUCCACAGCCGGUUACCCUACUUUUUCCCACUGGGCAUUGUUAACAACAAAGGAAACCAAUUAAUUACUGAAUCAGCUAUCGAUUACAUGAGCCAAUUCAAUAGAGAAGCUUCUAGAAAGCAAGGAACUCAGAGAACUAACAGCGAGAAAGGCUCAACAAGGGGAAGAAACAAAUCCAAGAAAUCAAAUGCUGGAGAAGUUUCACUUGCUUCUGAAGGAUGGGUGGACCCCAAAAGCAGUACUGCCAUUCCAAAGGAUGCUGGGAAAAGACGGGUGCAUGCAAGUGACCAAGGUGAUGGUCAUUGGUAUACAUCGCCUGAAGGGAGGAAGGUUUAUAUCUCAAAAAAUGGUCAGGAGUUGUCAGGUCAAAUUGCCUACAGACAUUACAAGAAGGAUAGUGGAGGGUUUAGAAGGUCAAAAAAGAAAACAAACACCAAGGGGAAGGGUUCACAAAGUCAAAAGAAAACAAACGCCAAGAGAAAGCGAGGCUGAUUUUUUGUUUUUAUUUCUUCGAGGGUAAAUGAGAGGCUGGAUGACGAGUAUUAGACAAAACAUGUGAGCAAUACAUGUUUGUGUCGUUUUUUGCCUGCAGUCGCUGUAUAACGUUCAAUAAACUCCGCAUGCCUUCCAACUUGUCUUUGCCCAUUCUCAUUUGGUAUUUGUCGCUAUUUUCUCCAACCAUUCUUGGUCUAACUUCUCUUCCAGUGUGACAAUAGGAAGAGAAAUCAUUAAUCCUGUACAAGCUCUGAUUCAGAGGGUUUAUAUGGCAAUGUGUUCCGUUUAGCAGUUAA